AUGAGUUAUACAGUUUCCGAAAUAGAGGAUUCUUUAAAAAAGCUUUCUUUUGUUGAACAAAUUAACAUUAUUACAAAGAAUAUUACGGAUCGACAUUUACUCAACUCGUUGACUGUUGCUUUGAGGCUGAGUCGCAUCACUGACAAUUAUGAUUAUUGUGUUGCCAUCACUAAUUUUAUUGACUUUAAAUCAAAUCAGGAAUUUACUGUAUUAACUAAAAAUCAGGAAAAAAUAUACAACGGUUUAAUAUCGUAUUAUUUACAAGCUUCUGAAAAAAAGAAUCAAGAGCUUCAAAAGGUUCAGUUUGAACCAAUUAACACGUUAAUUUCUAACUUCAAUUAUUUAUUAUCUGACUUACGCAAGACUGAAUUUCAACGUUCUAAAGAUGUUUCAUUAAUCAUAUCCAAUCAACUAAAGGCAGCAGAAAAUUUUGCUCAAUUUACUUCAGAAUAUUCUCAAGAUGUUAAAUCUGGUAUUUCACUUCAAAAUUACAUAUUUUCUGGUUUAUUGGAGGGCCAUAAGCUAAUUCAAAAUCAGAUUAUAUCUAAUUUAGAGGAGUUUAAAACCCAACAAAAUGCUAUGGAACUUCGUUUAAGAAAUGAAUUAUUUGACAAGGUUUUGAAUACGCCAAAUUCUUUAACCCAGACCCAAAGUAAGACGUUUGCAAAUCCAAAUCUAUUAGACAAUAAGCCUUUUGAAAAUUCAGUUAAGUCUCGUGAACAAGCAGUUUCAACACAAAACUUUGACAAAAUAUCUGUUGAAUUGGAAACUUUAUCUUUAGACGAUGCACUAGCUAGGUUUCCUUCAAGCAUUAAUUUAAAUCAUUUUAACAAAAUUAAAGGUGGUUGGGCAUCAAUUAACCAUCGAAAUGAUAAACUUUGGCUUGAGAAUUUAUUGCUAAAGUUACACAUUCUAAAAGACAACCUAAAAAAACAAGGUGUUACUAUUGAAGAAAUAAAUCAAGAAUUUGAUAAAGUUGCUCAAAGAAUUGAAUUUCUUUCUGCCAAUUCAAAUGAACUAUUAUUACAAACUGAUUCAACUCAGCAUAAUGAUUUAAAUAGCAAAAUUAAAACUAGUGAAACCUCACAUAUUUUGACGAAAAAUAUUGAACCAGAUAAAAUUUCUUUUUCGGAAUCAUCAAUAGGUUCAUUUGCAAAAUCUAAAGAGAGACAUCAAGAGAAAAGUGAAAAAUUAACAAAAACAGUUGAUAGCUCAGGGUUACCUAGCAAUCCUGAACAAACGGGAGUGAAACGGAAAUAUCCAACUCUUAGCUCAAUUAGUCUCAAACCACCCAAAAAAAAGAUCUAUAUACCAAAGUUGAUCAGUAAUUGCGAGAAUCAUGAACCUGAAGGGUCGCUUAAUACAGAUAAAACCCCUAAUGAUAAUGAUAAUGAUAAUGAUAAUGAUAAUGAUAAUGAUAAUGAUAAUGAUAAUGAUAAUUAUGUAAUUAUUAGUGAUGAUGAUGGCGAAAAUAGUGAGAGUCUUGAGGAAAGUGCGAAUGACGUUAAUCAAGAUGAUUAG